AUGGUCGCCGACGCCGUUGUCUACCACCCCACCGUGGCCCACUACCUGAAGUUCAUCGCGACGACUGUCGGCCGCGACAAGUUCCUCCGCACGCUCCAGUACUGGGCGCGCUUCUACGCGUGGUACCUGUACCGCACCAACAACGCGCAGGCCAAGGUCGCGCAGUACGAUGCGGUCAAGAAGAACUUCGGCAUGGCGCGCAAGCUGCUGCGGCUGGGCAAGUUCGUCGAGCACUUCAAGGCCGCCGCCGUGGCCGCUGACUCCAAGGGCUCCGACGCCGUGCUGAAGUACUGCACCAUCGGUCGCCAGCUGGGCUAUGCUGGGUACAUGGCCAUGGAUAACUUGACGGUGCCGGAUGUCGUGGGCUUCCGCAAGAGCCCCAACACCAAGAAGAUCCAGGAGCAGGCUUACCGCGCGUGGACGGCGGGUCUGCUGUUCAGCGUCGUGGCCGGCGUGUACCAGUUGGCGCAGCUGCGGAAGCGCAGCGGGGCUGUCGAUGAGAAGGAGGCGGAAAGUGUGGUCGAGAAGAAGAAGAUCCAGAAGGAGGGCAAUGCUGCCAAGAUUCAGCUCAUCUCGGAUCUGUGCGAUUUGGCUGUUCCUCUGUCGGCUCUUGGUUACGUCACCCUGGAUGACGGCAUUGUCGGUCUUUCGGGAACCGUCAGCUCCCUACUGGGUCUCUGGUCGGUGUGGAAGAAGACGGCGUAA